AUGACCGGUCGCGGUAAAGGUGGAAAGGGUCUGGGGAAAGGAGGCGCGAAGCGACACAGGAAAGUGCUCCGUGAUAACAUCCAAGGUAUCACGAAACCGGCCAUCCGUCGUCUCGCACGCAGAGGCGGUGUGAAACGUAUAUCCGGUCUGAUAUACGAAGAGACUCGCGGUGUCCUCAAAGUGUUCCUCGAGAACGUAAUCCGCGACGCCGUCACCUACACCGAGCACGCGAAGAGGAAGACCGUCACCGCCAUGGACGUAGUGUACGCCCUGAAACGUCAGGGACGUACUCUGUACGGUUUCGGCGGUUAA